GUGAGUGGGAGGUAGGGUGUGUCUGAUUUAAAUAUCAGGCUGACUGCAUAUUUUACCUGUGUGUAGUUGGAUAUUAUUUUGAUGUUGAACGGAUAUUUUGUGUGUCCUCUGUAGAAAAAGAGGGAGGUAUCUGAGACUAUAUACAGAAGUGGCAAUAAAAGAGAGCAAAAGAAAUAGAAACCGAAGAUGACAGCGGAUACUGUACCGCCAGAGAGGAAGUUGGGGUUACUAAAGGGAAUUUCUAUGAUAGUCGGCAUCAUGAUUGGAUCUGGCAUCUUCAUUUCGCCGAAGGGCGUUCUUGAAGCGAGCAAGUCUGUUGGAUUGACCAUGAUUGUAUGGCUUGGAUGUGGUGUCAUUACCAUGCUCUCUUCCUUAUCAUAUGUAGAAUUGGGAACCUUUAUUACUAAGUCUGGCGGAGAAUUUGCAUAUAUCUUACACGGUCUUCCAGCAGUGUUGGCAUUCUUGUGCAGUUGGUGUACGGCUUUAAUCAUCAGACCGUCAGCAAUCGCUGUGAGCAGCCUGGUUUUUGCUGAAUAUGUAGCUUCUCCCAUCUUCGAUUCAUGUGGACCACCAGUUGUCUUUGUGAAAUGUUUGGCUGCAGCAGCAAUCAUUCUGAUCACAGCAAUCAACUGUUAUAGCACUGAUUUCGCAGCAAGCAUUCAGGUGGCUUUUACAGUAGCCAAAAUCACAGCCCUCAUCAUCAUCAUCAUUGGUGGUUUUGUAAUGAUGGGAAAAGGUGAAUUCUAUGACCUCCCAGAGGGUUUCACAGGUUCUGAGACUUCAGGAUCAGUUAUUGCUUUGGCAUUUUAUGAUGGAUUAUGGGCUUUUGAGGGAUGGAAUAACCUCAAUUAUGCCAUAGAGGAACUUAAAAAUCCAUACAGAAAUUUACCACUGGCAAUACUAAUUGGGAUUCCCCUUGUCACCGUUCUGUAUCUUCUGACGAAUGUCUCAUAUCUGGCUGUUAUGACAAAACGGGAGCUCUUACGGUCAGCUACAGUUGGUGGGUUAUGGGCUGAUCGAGUUCUUGGGGUUGCUGCCAUUAUAAUACCAAUUUCUGUGGCCAUGUCAACGUUUGGCGCAACAAAUGGAAUUUGUUUCACAAGUGGGCGAUUGACUUACGCUGCAGCCAGAGAGGGUCAUCUCCCACAGGUUCUCUCCUAUCUUCACAUCAGGAAGAAAACUCCUGUCAUCUCCCUUAUAUUCUCAGCAAUAAUUGCUUUGAUCAUGAUAAUACCAGGAGAAAUAUCUUCACUAAUUGAUUUCUUCAGUUUUACUGCCUGGCUUUUCUAUGGACUGGCUUUCUUAUCGCUUAUAGUAAUGAGGUUUACAAAGAAAGAUGAGCCCAGACCUUUCAAGGUUUUCAUCCUUGUACCAGUUGUAAUGCUCAUCAUCUCCGUAUAUCUGGUGGUAGCACCAAUUGUACAAAAUCCCGAUUUGGGUUUUCUCUACGCCUUCCUUUUAAUCAUCGGAGGACUUAUCUUCUAUUUCAUUUUUCUCCACUUCAAAGUCCAGUUGCCAUGCAUGGAAGCCUUUACUGAAUUUAUUCAAAAGUUUGCGUGUGUUGCUCCAUCAAAAUAUAAGCCACCUGACCAUUCCAAAGACAACAAGCUUUAAGCAUCAAAAUUGGUAAAAACAAAUAUUCUGCCAUUUGGAAUUAAAUUUUAAUUCCAUGAAAGUUUCAGGAAGAAAAAAAGGGAAAAAGAAAAAGCAAAUACUCAACAAUAUGAAAAUGAAAUGAAUUUCUCUGGAUAACUCUGUGUGUGUGUGUGUGUGAGAGAGAAAGAGAGAGAGAGAGAGAGAGAGAGUGAGUGUUUGUGUGUGUGUGCGUGUGUUUAAUCUUUUUACUGGAAUUUUCUUGGAGAUAUUAUAUACUGAACCAAAUCUCAACGUUGGACUCUUUAGCCUGAGUGUAAAAUGUUGAGCAGCUAUGGUUUAUUUUCAACUGAAAAGUGGAGGCAAAAAAUGAGGCAAAAAAGCCUAAACAUAACGAUAUACUUGUUCUGCAGUAAAAUUGAAUGAACAAUAUUUUUCAGUGAAAGAAUCUUCUGAACAACUUGAAACAUGGCAUAAUUUCAUUAACUAAUAUUAACACUUCACCCUAUCAUCUAUACUCAUACAUUUUUCCUUGCUCGAAUAUCAACUCACUGGGAUUUCAUUCUCAGCACAUGAACUUACAAUUGUACGAAUGAUAAGAGCAUUCAUAUUGAGUUCACUGGUCAUUGAGGGCUUGCAAAGCUUAUAAAGCCAAACACUUUCUUCUGACAAAAACAGUGAAAAGAAAACAAACUUAUUUUGCUCAU